AUACAAUCAAGAAGGCUGGUAUGUACGCAUGUGAACUAAUUGUUGGUUAUGCCAUUGGUUUUGAAUUGAAGUUGAAAGGUGGAGGCUGAGGACAGAGAUUGGCAAUCAUGCAAACUUCACGUGGAUCUUAUUCAAAACAUAAGUUAAUGUUUAGCAAAACUGGACGAAAACAGUAGGUACAAGUUCCCCAUCGGAAUCGGGCCAACAGAACGAUGGAGUGGCGUGGUGGUUCAAGUUGAUGACAAAAGCAGUGGCGAUAGUGUCAUCCAUAAUUGCAAUGGCCCUUGGACUGUUUGUCUGCAUCACCUUUAAAGCCAUAUGUAUUGUGGCAGGAAUACUCCAAAUAUGUUCUGCAUUUAUUGUAAUUGUAUUUGAGGCACCAUGUUGUUGUCAGUGUCUAGACUUUAUAAACCAGAUUGGAAAUUUCUCAGACAACAGGCCUCAUUGGCAGAAAGCAAUUGGAUAUGGCAUAAUAGCACUAUUACCAAUGUUCUUCUGUUUUGAGAUGUCUACAGUAUUUGGAAGUGGACUUCUCUUUGUUACAGCAACUCUUUAUGGUAUAAUGGCAUUAGGAAAAAAAGCUGAUAGGGAAACAAUGAUGAAGAGGGCGACUGAAGGUGAAUCUGAGGAGAUUUUAUUAGACAAUAUUGAACCCACAGGUGUCCAUAAAGUCUCUACAAUUACAAUACAAAGUCUGCUGUGUAAAGAGACUUUAUGGACGCCCUGUAUUUUUAAGGAUAUUUCAUUAGGUGUCCAUAAGGUCUCUACAAUUACAAUACAAGGUCUGCUGUGUAAAGAGACUUUAUAUGGACACCUGUAUUUCUAA